AAAGAACAUGUCAGAGCCCCCAUCUGGUUCAUUGCGGUUUAACUAACAUCUCUUCUCUGUCUCUCUCGAUCUAAAUUAGGCAAACGGAGAAAUCGGAAAGGAAAGAAAAUGCCGUCGCAGACUCUCUUCCCCAUCUCAUCCUCCCUUCUUCUUCCCCCUAAAUCCUCCACCGAAAUGAUGUUCAAACCCUUGAUCUACGACGAUCCCUCGUCCACCACCCUCCUCCUCCAUGACGACCACUCCGUCAAGCCUCUCCUCUCCCGCGCCUCCAGCUUCAACGGCGCCGUCACUCCCAACGGUGAAUCGACCGGUUUGCACCAGAACAGACGGCGACGAUCCAACAGCGACAACUGCCUCUCUGCGGCCUCUCCCGACGGUACUAAUGGAAACGGACAACACACUAUCGGUCAGGAGGUUAGCCACGCCGCCGCAGAGACUUUCUUGUUGACUCGUCUCUUCUUGAAGCUCCUCAGCUAUCUCGGGGUAGGUUAUAGAUGGAUCACGAGGUUUCUUGCACUUGGAUGCUAUGCUUUUCUGCUUAUGCCGGGAUUCAUUCAAGUCGGAUAUUACUAUUUCUUCUCUCCUCACGUCCGCAGAAGUAUUGUUUACGGUGAUCAACCAAGAAACAGGCUUGACUUGUAUCUACCUAAGAACUCCAACGGUGGUCCGAAACCAGUUGUGGCGUUUGUUACUGGUGGAGCCUGGAUUAUUGGUUAUAAGGCGUGGGGUUCUCUUUUAGGACAGCAAUUAUCAGAAAGAGAUAUCAUUGUGGCAUGCAUCGAUUACAGGAAUUUUCCUCAAGGAUCUAUUAGUGACAUGGUUAAAGAUGCUUCUUCUGGUAUAUCAUUUAUUUGUAAUCAUAUCGCUGUGUAUGGUGGUGACCCAGACAGAAUUUAUCUAAUGGGUCAGUCUGCUGGUGCACAUAUCGCGGCUUGCGCCCUGGUAGACCAGGUGGUUAAAGAGUCAGGGGAAGGAGACAGUGUUUCUUGGAGUAGUUCACAGAUAAAUGCUUAUUUUGGUCUGUCUGGAGGGUACAACCUUUUGAGCCUUGUAGACCACUUCCAUAGCAGGGGAUUGUACCGUUCCAUCUUUCUGAGCAUCAUGGAAGGAGAGGAAUCAUUAAAACAGUUUUCUCCUGAACUAGUAGUGCAAGACCCAAAUCUCAAACACAUUGUCGCUCGUCUUCCACCUAUUAUUUUAUUCCACGGUACUGCGGACUACUCCAUCCCUUCAGAUGCAAGUAAAUGUUUUGCGGAAACCCUCCAGAGGCUCGGAGGGAAAGCAGAAGUGAUCCUUUACGAGGGGAAAACACACACGGAUUUGUUUCUUCAGGAUCCAAUGAGAGGUGGAAAGGACGAGAUGUUUGAAGACAUAGUAUCAGUGGUUAUGGGAGACAAUCAAGAAGUGGUUGGUAAAAGCGUAGACAGAAGGCGUCUUGUGCCUGAAUUCAUGUUGAAGUUGGCUCACUGGGUCAGUCCGUUCUAACUCUCACUCUCACUCUCUUCUGCUCCCAAAAGAUGCUAUUACCGUGUAUAUUACUUAACAAGCAGUGACAGUUUCAUUAUACUUUGAGAUACAGAUGAUUUUGAACUUUGAUCAUGAUGGUGUAAUUGUAUUACCGUUUGCAAUACACGUUGAUUUUUUUUUGGUCA